CUGUCAGCAGCUGCUGUCAUGUAAGUUUAAGCUUAAUGCAUACAAUUUUUAGGGCCGAUGCUGUAAGAAAGGCAAAAAAAAACAAAAGGUUCAUUUGAACGAAGCGAAAUCGAUAUAGUUUGAAAAACCUAUCAAUCGCCAACGAGAGGUUCUAAAAGAGUUGAUGAACCAUCUUUGUGAGUACCUGGUAACCUAGCCAAAAUCAAGUGCAAUAUAUCAGCUGUCUGCACAUCUUAUACAUGUUCAUAUUACAUAUUUAACCACAGGGGAUGAGUGCAGAGUUGACUACUCCCGAGAUGAUGGUGUGCCAAACCUUGCGCGCGGCCACAGAUCCAAAUCAUGAGGUUGUUCUUAAAGCCGAGGCACAACUGGCAGAGUGGGAAAUACAGCCUGGAUUUUUCCCCACUCUAGCUCGCUUCUCUACUAUGAAUGCUGGCAAUGAAGUCGGGCAACAAUCUAUGCAGAUAGAUUUAAAUGUUCGCUGGAUGGCUGCUGUGUAUUUAAAGAAUGGCGUGAAUAAGUAUUGGAGACGUAAUGUGCGACAUGAAUUGCCCAGCGAAGAGAAACAGCAAAUUCGCGAAAUUUUAUUGAAAAAUUUUAGUGCAGAGCCAGUGCCGCAAGUUGCACUACAGAUAGCCGUGCUUAUGGCGCGAAUAGCGCGUAUUGAUUGCCCUCGUGACUGGCCAGAGUUGAUACCUCAGUUGAUUAAACAGUUACAAAUAUGUGCACAGACUGAUGGUGAUGCCAGUGAACAACAACGGGUGCUGCUUGUUCUGCAUCAUGUAGUAAAGGCGCUGGCGUCACGACGCAUGAUGGCGGAAAAGCGGGUUUUUGAAGAGCUUGCCGGAAAUUUAUUCGUAUAUAUGAAAGAUUUAUGGGACGCUUUCACAACUCUAUUUUUUCAUCAACUCAAGUCGGCAUAUGUGAAUGUGAUAUCAACAUUAGAACGUGCCCUACUUUCUAUGCGCAUUUUACGUAAAUUAACGGUGUACGGAUUUCCAAAGCCUUUUAAAGUGGAAUGUUGUAUGCACUUCCUGGAACUAUUAUUUGCACGUCUUAAACAGUGUUUAGAAUGCCGUUAUGAAUUGCAGCAUCUUGGAGCUGAAGAACAACUAAUAACACUUGUGGAGAAGUUCAUAUUAAAGCAGAUGAAAACAUUAACUGAGUUUCAAGAUAUGCACUCCAGUUCUUUUGCACGUUUUGUACCCGUUGCUCUAGAAUUUAGCUUUGAACAUGUCUUCCACGAGCGUGCUCGACUUAUAUUUACUGAAAACGUAAUAAAUUUCGGCCACUUUGCUAUACAUUGCAUUAAUCUUAUGAAAGGCAUAAUGAUGUGUAGUGCUUACUCAAAUUCGGCAAAUACCGGCGAACAAAUUUCAGCAGAAUCUGAUACAGCCCCACAUAUAGCACUAUCAGAUUUUUUCACUAACGAGCGACUUUGUUAUAUCUGUGACAAAAUAAUAACACAUUAUUUCCUGUUGACGCAAAUCGAGCUUGAUCAGUGGAUGGAAGAUCCCGAAGGCUUCGCUCAAGAUGAUGGUGGUGAAAGCUGGAAGUAUGCCCUUCGGCCUUGUAUUGAAUCGUUCUUCCUUACGUGCUUCAGCCAGUACCAGACAAAUAUGACAGCUGAAGUAGUAAAAUAUAUCCGAAAAGCACAGCAAAUCGAACUGUCGCCCACAUCCGAUCUGAAGGACAUACUUUUAAAAGACGCCAUAUAUAAUGCUGCAGGAUUGGCUUCAUUUCAUUUUUUUAAUGACAUUGAUUUUGAUUCUUGGUUUAGCAAUCAACUUUUGUCAGAGCUUCGAAUCGAAAGUGAUAACUUUCGUAUCCUUCGGCGCCGUAUUAUUUGGUUAGUAGCUGAGUGGGCGGCAGUUAAAUUUUCUCGAAGCUUACGUCCUCUGGCUUAUGAAGCGUGUUUACAUUUACUUCGAUCUACUGAGGAUAUGUCUAUACGACUAGCAGCUUCUCGCACUUUAUCCACGUUGAUUGGAGACUUCGAGUUUGCCCCAGAGCCUUUUCUACCAUAUUUGGAACCAGCAUUUAAUGCAUUAUUUGUGCUUUUAGGCGAGGCAAGGGAAUGUGACACGAAAAUGAAUGUCUUGACAAUAAUGUCGUGUCUUGUGGAAAAAAUGAGCGAUAACAUUGAACCACAAGCAGACAAUCUGAUAUCGUAUUUGCCCCUUCUAUGGAAAGAAAGUGAAGACUAUAACAUGCUACGAUGUGCUAUUAUUUGUACAUUGCAGCAAUUAGCAAAAGCGUUACGUGACAUCCCCGAGUCAAUGAAACCAUUCCUGCACAACGUCAUACAGCUCAGCACUGACCUUCAGGAACCUUCACAUAUUUACCUCAUCGAGGAAGGUCUGGCGCUAUGGGUUGCAGUUGUAGAAAAUUCAACCGUCAUGUCACCGCAGCUAUUAGCAUUAUGCAAGAACCUUUUGCCAAUUAUAGAAAUGUCCUCAGAGAAUCUGCGAAUAGUUCUGAUCCUUAUACAAGCAUAUAUCCUUUUAGACGCACACACUUUUCUUGAUAACUAUGGCAUGGAAUUUGUCCAGUUCUGUACACGCAUGUUCGAUGAUUUGCGGCCAGAAGGUAUAGCUUUGAUGCUCAAGGUGUUCGAAACUUGUUUGAAAUCUGAUGCGACCUACGGAUUGGAUUUAGUACGACCUGCCUUGCCUUACAUUUUCAAACAAGUGUAUCUGGACAAAGAAUUUCCUAUGCUAAUGUCGAUGUAUUUGAUGAUGGUUGCACGAGUACUACUUAUUAGCCAAUCUAUAUUUACUGCAGUGCUGCAGGAAUUACAAAUGCCUAACGCAUUGGAGACUAUACUGGACGUAUGGAUUCGUAAAAUGCCAUUAGUGACAGAAGUUGAAAAACGGAAGCUUUUUGCACUUGCAUUUGCAUCGAUAUUCACCAAUGAUCCCAUUUUAGUAGAACGUUUUCCAGGAAUUAUGCAAAAUAUUGGAGAUACCCUUAUGGAUGUAAUGAGGGAAGAAGACGAUGAAUUGGAUACUACAGAUAACGUCGAAAGUACUGCAAAUAUGCCGCCCCGUCCAGCUGGGGAGAAACCAAUGAAAUUCUGCGACUCGUUGGUUUUUCUCGAUGAACAUGAUUUGGAUACAAGCAGUUACUGCAUAAUGGACGAUUUUGACUAUAAGACUUACCAUUACGACCGCUGUAGACAACUGUCUCUUAAAGAUCCAGUGCAUAAGAUUGUGCUUACUGAGUAUUUGGAAUGGCAACUAAAUUCAUUACGAACACAAAUGGGAGAAGACGCGUAUCAACAGUUGAUGCAGUCCGUUUAUCCGGGAGUAUUAGAGAAGAUCGGAAAGUUUGUCAAACUAAAUUUAAAUUUUCAACCCAACUGAGAAACAUUGAUAAUUAUGAAUUUCAUGCAAUGAUACCUACAUGAACAGCCUUUAACCCAAAGCGUAAGAAGCGAGUCACUAAUUUUCUACUUCAAUUAUAAAAAGCGGCGGUAGAAACUAUUCCUGUAUCUACUGCUCCAUAUAUAAUAAAUUUACUGAAACUACUCUUUUGU